AUGAAAUUUAGUAUUUACGAGGAUCGAAUAACGAAGCUCAUUUUGCGUGAUGACGGUAAAAAUGAAUUUCAAUUUUAUAAACUAAAUGAAAGUGGUGAAUUAAAUUUAAUUGGUUCCAUAUUUAUAAAUGAUCCAAUACUAGAUUUCAUUUGGAUGAAACAAGUAAAGAGUCUAAGUAAUGGACAAAGUAAUGGUCAUAAGUCAUCGAAAAAGAGAGAGUUGAAUGGUGGAAUGAAAUCGAGUUCGAAUAUAGAAACUUUUGAUGGAAAUCUAAUAGCAUUAACCAGUAAUUCAUUAUUAAUAAUUUCAAGUACAUCAAAUUCCAUAUUAGAAAAGAAAUCAAAUGAAUACAAUAUUACAAAACUUCUCAGUGCAGAAAAUGGUUUGAUAUUGGGUUCCACUAACAAUAACGACAACAUCAUACAAUGGGACUUGAUGAAUAAUGAUAUAACUAAAAUUAAAGUACCUAAAUUUCAAUCAAUACUACUCAGUCGAGACACAAUUUUCAUUGGAACACAGAGUGGUCUACAAGUUGGUCAUUUUGAAAAAAACAAAUUUAUAAAAGAAAAUGAAAUAGCGUAUAAAAAGGGAGUUCAAUUGAUAGUAGACAUAGACUUAGAUCAAAACCUCAUACAGUCUUCAAAUAACAUUGACAUUUUAACCCAGGAUUCAACUAAUAAAACAAUUUACGAAGGAGACGAUAUCAAAAAUAUACAAGUCAUAAAUGCAAUUGAAGAGCGUCGCAUCUUCAUCAUAACUACAAACUCAAUACAAAUUUAUUCAAUAGAGGGACAAUAUAUUCAUAAAAUUACAACUUCACAACCCAUUGACGACAUCUUACAGAUAGAUGAUAACUUAUUCAUAAUUUGGCAUAAUGAUAAUGAUAUUUACUCUCAACAAUUUUCAAUAUCGCAACUGGAGAUAGUUGUAAGUCCACCUACGAAUUCACAGACUAAUAAGUCAAAUCCCACAUUCAUCGAAUUUGAUGAAAACUUAUUAACAACCACACUUACAGAAGAAAGUUUAGAAGCGACAUUGAUACAAUCUUUAGACGACAAUAUAACCAAUCCAACAACUUUAAUUGAAAUUUGUUCAAGUGAGUACGAUUCUGAAGUCAUUAAAUCAAUCAUAAUAAAAUUGACAGUACCACAAAUUGAAAAGUUGUACCAAUUCAUAUCAAAGGAGAUUGCAAAAGACUCUUCUAAAAAUUACAAUUUAACUAUAUGGUUAAAAUGGAUUUUAUUAAUUAAUGGAAACCAUAUAGCUCAAAACUCAGAUUUAGAUUUAAAAACAUUACGAUCAAGCUUAUCAGAUGGGUUAAAAACUUUACCUAAUCUUUAUUCAAUAAAGGGGAAACUACAAUUGUUGAAACUUCAAUCGGAAUUAAGAAAUAAAGCAGUCAACAAUACUGAGGAAGCUCAUGAUAUUACAACCACUAUGGACGAUGAUAACAUAAUUUUCGCAAAUGGUGAAGUUGAUGAUACCACCACUACAAUAGCAUAG